AUGCCUCGGAAGCAGCAAGCUGACUGCAUCCUCCUCUUCACCUUCCUGGGUCUGUCUGGGCUGGUUGGUGCAGUUACCAGAACAUACCACAUCGGGAUUGUGGAAGAAUACUGGAACUAUGUACCCCAAGGGAAGAAUGUUAUUACUGGCAGAAGUUUCGCAGAAGACAAACUUGCAACCUUAUUUCUCGAAAGAGGGCCCAACAGGAUAGGCGCUCUUUACAAAAAGGCCAUUUACAGGCACUACACAGAUGAGACCUAUUCCACGGAGAUCCCCAAACCCCCCUGGCUUGGAUUCCUGGGCCCCAUCUUGAGGGCUGAAGUGGGUGAUGUGAUCGUCAUUCAUUUAAAGAACUUUGCUUCGCGACCCUACUCUCUGCAUCCACAUGGCGUUUUCUACAACAAGGAUUCGGAAGGAGCCCUGUAUCCAGAUGGAACGUCUGGAAGGAACAAGGAUGAUGACAUGGUUCCUCCUGGCAAAAACUAUACCUACAUCUGGCCAGUGAGAGAAGAAUAUGCCCCUGCCCCAGCAGAUGCCAACUGCCUGACCUGGGUCUACCAUUCGCACAUUGAUGCCCCUAAGGACAUCUGCUCUGGGCUAAUUGGCCCACUGCUGGUGUGCAAGGAAGGUAUGUUACAUAAAUAUUCAGGGACAAGGACUGAUGUGGACCGAGAGUUUGUUAUAAUGUUUACUCUGGUGGAUGAGAAUCAAAGCUGGUACCUCGAUGAAAAUAUCAGAUAUUUCUGCACUGACCCUGAUUCGGUUGACAAAGAAGAUGCUGUUUUCCAGAGGAGUAACAAAAUGCAUGCGCUCAACGGAUACCUCUUUGGAAACUUCCCGGAGCCUGAAAUGUGCGUUGGUGAAUCGGUAUCCUGGCACCUGUUUGGGAUGGGGAAUGAGAUAGACAUCCAUUCCAUCUAUUUUUAUGGUAACACCUUCAUCAGCAGAGGGCAUCGGACAGAUGUCGUCAACCUGUUCCCAGCCACCUUCCUGACCACAGAGAUGAUAGCUCAGAAUCCUGGGAAGUGGAUGAUAACCUGCCAAGUCAGCGAUCACCUCCAAGCUGGUAUGCUGGGGCAGUACAAUGUUGGUAACUGCAAAAGUGAUGUUUUUCACCCCAAGAUGAAGGGUCAACGGAGACGCUACUUUAUAGCAGCUGAAAAAAUUCUUUGGGAUUACGGUCCUCAAGGCUAUAACAAAUUCAGUGGCCUUCCCCUCAAUGCCUCUGGCAGUGAAUCUGAGCUCUACUUCACACAAGGGGACAACAGAAUAGGAGGAAAAUAUUGGAAGGCUAAAUAUGUAGAGUACAUUGAUGAGACUUUUACUCGAAGAAAGAGACUCUCGGAGGCAGAAGCCCACCUUGGAAUUCUUGGCCCUGUCAUCAAGGCGGAGGUUGGUGAUACCCUGUUAGUGACCUUUGCCAACAAAGCUGACAAGGUCUACAGUAUUUUGCCUCAUGGUGUGGUCUAUGACAAGGCCUCUGAUGCGGCCCCCAAUGUCGAUGGAUUUCUGAAGCCAGGGGCACAUGUUAAGCCAGGUGAAACCUUCACAUAUAGAUGGAUGGUGCCUGAAGGCGUGAGCCCAACGGCUGAUGAUCCCCCGUGUCUGACCUAUCUUUACUUCUCAGCAGUCGAGCCAAUCAAGGACACCAGCUCUGGCCUCGUAGGGCCUCUGCUAGUCUGUAAAAAGGGCGUUCUCAGUGCUGAUGGGACACAGAAAGGAAUAGACAAGGAAUUUUACCUGCUCUUCACAGUCUUUGAUGAGAAUCUGAGCAGGUAUCUUGAUGAAAAUAUUCAGAAGCUUACCUGGCGUCCCUUCAGUGUUGACAAGGAGGACAAGGAGUUUGUGAAGUCCAACCGAAUGCACGCUAUUAAUGGCUAUAUGUAUGGCAACCAGCCAGGCCUAACCAUGUGCAAAAAGGAUAGAGUUUCCUGGCAUCUGAUUGGAAUGGGCACUGACACUGACAUGCAUGGAGUUUAUUUUCAAGGGAACACCAUCCACCUGCGAGGGACUCACCGCGACUCCCUGGCCCUGUUUCCCCACGUCUCCACGACGGCAUUCAUGCAGCCGGGCGGCGCAGGUAUCUUCAGGGUGCUCUGCUCCACCCUGCACCACUUCGAGAGAGGCAUGAGUCAGAUAUACGAGGUCAGCAGCUGUGGCAACAGGGACCCUUCUGAGCAGCCGUACGGGAUGAUAAGAACCUUUUACAUCGCCGCUGAAGAGGUAGAAUGGGAUUAUGCCCCUAACAAAAACUGGGAGUUCGAAAAGCAGCCGUUGGACGCAGGAGGGGAAAGGCACGGAGAUAUCUUUAUGAACCACACUGAGAACUGGAUCGGCUCUCAAUACAAGAAGGUGGUUUACAGGGAAUACACCAACGGAGAAUUUGUGGAGAUCAAAGCCCGACCGCCGAGAGAGGAGCACUUGGCACUCCUUGGCCCAAUGAUUCAUGCCGAGGUUGGCGACUCCGUCCUGAUCGUGUUUAUGAACAAGGCCAAGCGCCCCUACUCCAUCUCAGCCCAAGGUGUGGAGGAGGCGGACAGAGGGAAGGGACUCCAAGUGCCCGUCACAAAGCCAGGAGAAAUAAAAACUUACAGAUGGAAUGUCCCUAAAAGGUCUGGCCCAGGGCCAUCGGACCCAAAUUGUAUUCCGUGGGUUUACUAUUCAACAGUAAACUUUGUGAAGGAUACAUAUAGUGGUUUGAUGGGUCCUCUGAUUACCUGCAGAGAAGGAGUGUUGAAUGAAAAGGGAAGACGGAGCGAUGUGGAUUAUGAAUUUGUUCUCUUGUUUUUGGUAUUUAAUGAGAAUGAAUCCUGGUAUCUGGAUGACAAUAUUAAGAAGUAUCUUAAUAAAGAUCCACGAGAUUUUAAGCCCUCUGAUGAUUUUGAGGAGAGCAACAAAAUGCAUGCUAUUAAUGGAAAGAUUUUCGGGAAUCUCCAUGGCCUCAUCAUGAAUGAAGAUACAAUGACAAACUGGUAUUUGUUAGGAAUAGGAAGUGAAGUGGACAUACACACCAUCCAUUAUCAUGCCGAGAGCUUUCUUUUCAAAAUAGAUAAAUCUUACCGAGAAGAUGUCUAUGACCUCUUUCCUGGGACAUUCCAAACCAUUGAACUGUUUGCGGAUCACCCAGGGACAUGGCUGUUACAUUGUCACGUGUCUGACCACAUCCAUGCUGGCAUGGAGACAACCUACACGGUCCUUCGGAACAUAGACAACAGGAUUCCUUAUUCCACCAAGUCUCCUUCUGGAGGAUCGUCUCACCCAGCCACGGUGCCCUCCAACGAAGAACCUGGCAAGGAGCAGCUCUACUUCUUCGGCAAGAAUCUGGGUCCCAGAGGAGCCAAAGCAGCCUUGGUCAUCCUUUUCAUCAUCGGAUUCCUCCUUCUGAUCAUCACAGUGAUUCUCUCAUUCAGCCUGUGCUUGGCAAAGAAGCGGGUGGCAUACCAGGAAGUCCAGUCCUGCGCGCUCCCCACGGAUGCACUGUGAACCAGCUGGUCUUCCUCAGUAGGGAAACUGGACCAGGGCAUCGUUCGCCAAGGAAGGUUGACAUGGUUUCCUGGAUCAGGCGCUGAUCCUCUGGAACACCAUCAAAGCAAUUUGCUUUUAUUUAUUUUUAAGUGGGCUGUGAAUAAUCCUCAGGUAUAAAAUACAGGAAAAGAAGAAUGGGCGUGACUGAGAAAACAGACUCAGUCUGUUCUCUGAAUUCACUGAAGUGGGAAGGCUCUCUGAAAAAUACCUUUAUUUUCCGUCUUUUGUAAUUCUUAGAUUAGUGCCUCUUUAACAAACCAUCAAAGUAGAUGGACAAUUUGGGGAAAGCGUUAACAUGGCCUCAGCCAUCUAACUGGAAUGGCACUGAUUUUUCAGCACUGUUAUGUAAGACAUUUCUCUUAGUUGUUUCAGGGAAAAUAACUUUCCAAGGAAUUCAUGAUUACAUCUAAAUCAGUAUCUGCUGAUAGAAUUGGACCACAUGAAUUUUUGGGGGGCUUUAUCCAGCUCCCCUGACCUUUUCCCCUUUAAUAUAAAUAGCCUGUGCAUGGUUUGCUGCAAAAGGCAGAGUUACACACAUUUUUAAAAAAUUCUGUUUUUACGCAAAUCUGCAGAGAUACUUGAACAUUUAGAACUCACUUCAUGUUACACAUUUUUACAUGUUUCCAUGGCCAUGUUUUUAUAUUCAGAAAUCAACUAGAGAACUUGUAUUUCUACUUCAGCAUGUGGAUCUGUGAAACAGCAGGCUAGGUUCUCCCACUGUGAGUCAGAGGCUCCCUGAGAGUUUAGUGGGAUCUUCUAAGGGGGAAGGAAGCUUUGCCGGUGAGUUAGGGCUUGAAUCUUGAGUCUGAUUUUUCAUUCAGUUAGGAGGAUCUUUCCCAGUUUCCAUUUCUGAUGAAGUAAAGACAGUUUCAUCGUGUGAGAAACACCAGGAAGAAUUCGUCAGUGACGCUGACUGGUUAGGAGGAGGAGGGGGUCUCACAAAAUCCUGGAGUCCAUGCCUCUUAAAGACAUAACCUUUGAUGGGACGAGAAAAGAAGAGAAAGAGAGUCCCAGUGGCAAUUUUUUAAACCAAUAAAUUGGCUUUAAGACAGGUAUUACAGUUUUCAAGGCUCAGAUGCAAAAUAAAAUGUUGAACAACUAAACUCAACCCAUUUCCAGGCAAUCCAUGCUCUAUACAUGCCUAAAUGUCAGGUGUAAGAUUAAUAAAAGCAACAUUGUUUAUUGCUAGACUGAGACACUGCCCUUAGCUCAGGGCAAGAUGCCCUGCGAUGCUCACGCUGUUGCCGAAUGAGUGAUGUUAGUCCCUCUGCCUCAGCAGUGGGUCAUCUGGAUGUCCUGGUGGACGAGUAGGACCUAAUAAAUACUCUGGUGGAGGGACCUUUCAUACUUUCUCAUCUUCAUCUUGGUGAGGGGAAAUGGGUCAUUUGAUAGAAGCUCUAGUCUUACUUAAACAGGAUUUGAAUUCUAAUAGUUCUGUUCGUAGUUUGCUUGAAUGUCACAUGAAACACAGUACCCAACAUUCUGAAUUCCAGCCUGCUAACCACUGAUAAUGUGAUUUUGUAGUAUGUAUUCUACAGUUUUCAUACAUGUGUAGGCUGUAUAAUUUCAUAAUAAUAAUUAUGAUAAAUGCCUUAUUUAUAACUUACCUAGACAACAAAUUAUUUAGUUGUAAGAUUUUUCCUUUUCUCUUAGUUUAUUUUUUUAAUGACAAUGGAACCACAAAAUAGUUUGAU